CUGUCUCCCGAGCAACCGGGUCUCCCGAGCAACCGGGUCGCCCUCGGAGCCGGCCUAGCGCCAUCGCUCCAGGAGGCAGAGCUGGCGGGCCAGGGGGAGUCGCACAGUAGUGAAAGUGUCCAUUACCCCUCUUUAUCACCUUCAGAAGUAUAUAAGAUAAGCUUUACAUUUCCAAAUGGAGACAAGUAUGAUGGUGACUGUACAAGAACAUCUUCCGGCAGCUAUGAGAGAAAUGGAAUAGGCAUUCAUAGCACUCCUAAUGGCAUUGUCUGCACAGGAAACUGGAAAGAUGACAAGAUGAAUGGUUUUGGAAAACUUGAGCAUUUUUCAGGAGCAGUAUAUGAAGGACAAUUUAAGGACAAUAUGUUUCAUGGAUUGGGGACUUACACUUUCCCAACUGGGGCAAAAUACACUGGAAAUUUCAAUGAAAAUAGGGUGGAAGGUGAAGGGGAGUAUACUGAUGCCCAAGGACUACAGUGGAGUGGAAACUUUCAUUUCACAGCUGCUCCAGGCCUGAGACUAAAGCUCUACAUGUAGAUGUUCUAAAUUCAAGUUUAAAUGGGGUAAUUGAAGUUUUUAGUUUGAAGCAGAGCAACUAACUCUGCCAUCUGAAAUGACUGCAUACACUUACCUCUGUAAGUUUUCCAAUAAAACCAUCACUCAUCUA